CUAACAAGAAGCCUCGUCUGGUAGUACUUGUCGGCUGUAGCCAUUUUUGACCUCUGAUUUUGUUUCAAAUAGACUAGUAUGAGGGCAAAUGCAAAGUUGAUAGUUAGCCUAAUAAAACGAGUUGAAGUUCGAGUAAAUAUAUGAAGUCAUAUGCAUUGAACACGUUACCGAUAAAUAAUGCAGGCCGAACGCUUGAAGUACUAGAGCAAGACUCAGUAACACAGCAGACAGUGGCUGCUAUUAUUGAAUUGUCGAUUCAUAAACUUCCCAUUAUUGUCAAUCAGCUUGCACUUGUAUUGGAAUCUAUUACUAAAAAUGUUCAGCCAUCAACACAAGCUGUAAGCGACUUUUAUAUUCCUCAUGAUGUACUCCAGUCACAGCUGUUUAUUUUGCGAUUAUUGUCAGCUUGUUUACAACAUCAUUGGUCUUGGUAUAGAAAGCAAUUAAGAGAAACAAACACAACAGAAGAGGCAACAGCAGCAGCAGCAGCGACAGGUACUUAUGUUGGCACAUCUUCCUCUUCUUCCUCACUUUCAGCCAAAGCAUUCUCUGGACAAUCAAAUUUCGAGACACUCAUUGAUCCGCCAGCUCUUGAUGAAGCCCUCGUUACCUUUCUUUUAUCGCUCAUGACUCGAUUUUUAGGUCAAAUGCAUAUGAUUGAAGAACGCAAUGAUCAACUCGCCCUUUUAUCCUCCGAAACAGCCAACGAUACUUUGGCCAUGGCUGCUAAAGUAGACACACAGACACUUGAAUACAUACGAGAAGUGUAUACUACCACAGGGAAAAUUCUUUAUUAUAUCAGUGCUAGUAAUUGGUCCACUUAUUAUGCAAAGAUUAAAAACGCUGUGAAUAUCCUCGGCGCCGUAAGCGAAAAUUCUGAAUGGAAUCCUCCUGAAGUUAGGAUUUUGGCUUUUGCUUGUCUCGACAUACCUAAAUUACACGCCAUUUUAUCAGAUCUGAGUCCAUAUUUUCUAAAUAUGCGAAUCCAGGGCAAAUUGCUGUUUGCAAGAAUGAUGCGAUCCGCUAUUUGGAAAUGGAUGGAAAUGAAACCUUCUCAAUUUGCUGAAAUUUGCGCCAGUAGCACAAGUAGACCUUUGGCUGGUUCAGAGAUCCUUUUUGAUAUGUGUAAUGUAGCUGCUGACAAUUCUAGAAAAAAGGCUAUUUUAUGGCCAUUACAGACUAUUUUAUUGGCUUUAUCACCUGAUCUUUUAGUACAAGCUUUUUUGGAUGACAGUCGAGGAUUGCAAAACCGAAGAACUGGAUUCCCUCGUCAGUUAAAAAAGGCACUACAGUCGACUAAGACACAAGAGAUCUCAGCCAUUUGUUAUGUGGAUCUUUUCAAAGCAGCCACUUAUAUCUCUCCUCAUGAAGACAGUAUUUUGAGACAUAUUGCUGCUGAUGUGGAAGAUGUAUUAUAUGAAAAAGUAUGGGACUUUUCUCGAGCAUAUACCGCUAGUUCCUUAUCAAGCAGUCUUGGUUAUACUAUCAGCUAUCAAACGCUUGUGAGCGACUAUUUCUUGGCUAGAUUGCGCUUAGACUCUCAACGUACCUUAGCUCAUUUAGUUCCUAGUUUAGCGGAAGAUGACGCGCCUGUAGUCUUUAAGCAAGCGUUUGUGCAUGCAUGUCUCACUAUGGUUUCAACAGAAGAACAAACAUUGUCGUGGAACCCUACCUUGGAUUCAAUGUACGAUUCUAUUUGUACGCCCUUGAGACGCAUCUUUAUCCAGACUGUCAAAGCUGAACUCAACUCAACCGCACGAUCCGAUAUUUCAACAACGACUUCUGGGUCUAAAAAAUUAAUGAAUGGUAACUACGAUAAAAGACAGUCACAACAGAAUACAGCAACACUGUUACAAUCUAUGCUUAAAUUGUUUCGAUUGGAUCCUCUAUGUGUCUUGUUGGGUGAAAAGCAAAAUCCAGCCCGUGUGGAUGAAAAUGCAGCUAUCAUGACUUGUAUGAUCAAUUUGCUGAGAUAUUCCGAUAAACGAGUCCGCAAAGCAACAGUUGACUGUCUAGGUCAAUUGCAUAAUGCAGAAAACAUUGGCCAUUGGGGUCCGUCUUCUACGAUUGUGAAUAACUUUUGGAAGGUCUCAUGUCAAACAGUAACAACGAUUGCUUAUCAGGUUCUUGAUUGCCGUCAAAACGAAGGACUUUCUAAAUGCUUAUUGGAAUUACUGGCUAAAAUCCUGGUUUCUAGAAACUCUUUUUUAAACAGCGUCAUUGAAACAACAUAUGAAACUACUGAAGGCCAUGAACGACUUCAGGCCAAUAUUACACUCGAGAUUGCUCUUUUAGUCUCCUUGUGUUCACCUGCACCCGAAGUCUGUUCUUUAGCAGUCAAAUGCUUGGGCUAUCUAUGUAUUGAAGCCAAAUUGAUUGAUGAGGAUAUGAUGAUUGAUACAGCCUCACGCAACGAGAGUCUAGCCAGCUUCAGUCACAAUAUGGAAAUCUAUCAGGAUUUGUCAUUUGAAGAGCCAGUAGUACAAGGCAUUCGUAAACAGACAUUUGUGGGUCGAAAGGCACAACAGAAGCGUGUUCGUAAAUAUCUGAGAUUGAUCAACACACCUACACCUGCUAUUUUAGCUGCUUGGGAAGAGGUCUGGAAACGAUGGAAAUUGUUGACGCAGAUUGUCAGUCGAUUUGGCAUGGAGUCACUUUCGAAUUUAAACGAUAUUGUCAGCUCAACAACUUCAUCCACAUCUUCAGUCAAGAAAAUUGGUGGACUUGUGCGUCAUGAAAAACUUCGUUCCACAUCCACACCUCGUAUUACAGCACCUAUACCUGUGGGGCGAAUAGAGACGGAUGACGAAAAGCAGACAGAAUGGCAAAACUAUACAGGAUUUUUAGCUGCUCUAGGCGGAAGUCGAAUGGCUGCUGAUAUCAUGAUGGAAGAAGAAGACGAGGCUGCGGGUAGACGUACUAAAAUGAGUGAUCGUAUUGCUUCUCCUAACCGCAAUACCAGUAUGAUUGAGAAGUUUAUCGCUGAAAUGAUUGAAUUACUGACGUCUGAUAAUGUGGUGAUUCGUGAAGGUGCCAAGGAUACAUUGGGUGGUGAUCUUUCUCCUUCUCUGUACAGCAUUCUUUUUCAUCAUUUGGAAGCCACCAUGGCCAACUGUUUUACAGCGGAUGGUGACGUUAUUUGUGAUAACAGCAACACCUUAUUUGUUGAACAAGCAGUAUUAGUGCUCAAGAUGGUCCUAGAUCGAUUAGUAGACCCUAAUGAUUGUUUGCUCAGUAUCGAUUUCAGCACAUUAAUUAUCCAAUUCGCAAACUACAUUAAUCGUUUGCCACAUGAAAACUAUACAUCCAUGCGUGUGAUGAUUAUGAUGUGUCAUUUAACAGAGGUGCUUAUGCUAAAAAAGGAGCAAGUGAUUGUGCGUGAUGAUGUUAAGGUGCGAAAUAAACUGCUCGAAAUCAUUGUAGAAUGGACCAGUGGAUUUACCUUACGCGUGAUGACCAAGUCUAGUGCUACGUCAAACAGUGUACAAAACAGAGAAGUACAACGAGAUUUGGAUCAAGUAUGCCUGAAAGCCAUUGUUGCUCUUUUACACAAAUUACCUCUUCAAACUACAGAUCAAGGACGUGAUGCAGACCGAGUUAUGAGCAAAAACAGGUUAUUUCAAAAGUACUUUACGUUCUUUACACAACUCUUGGACAGAUGUCAUCGAUAUGAAUUAGAAUCCAGUCAUACUAUGAUACAACUUGGCUCCAAUGUUGUUGCUAAUCAGAACGGCAAUUUGCACAGUUUAUCCAAGCCCUCUGAAUCGUAUCAGUAUUGGGGCCCUUUGAAAGAAUCUGCUGUGAAUGCUAUCUCCAACUUACUCAGCGCUAACGUAGAUGCUGGUCUUAAAUCCACUUUGGCUAUGGGUUAUCAUGAAGAUGCUCGUACUCGCACUGCAUUUAUGAAAGUCUUGUCCAAUAUUCUAAAUCAAGGUGCUCAAUUCGAUACGCUUGCUGAAAACAUUGUUGCGGAUCGAUAUGAGAAGCUAGCCGAAUUGUUAGUGAAUGCAGAUGUUGAUGUCGCUAUUGCCUUGUGUGAUGUAUGUCCUGCUUCUGAUAUUCAAGGUGUAGCCGAGGUGUUGCUUCAGUGCUUUGAAUCUAAGGGCAAAGUAUUGACCCUUUUAAAGACAAUCGUAGACCGUGAAGUUUUUACAACAGAACAAGAGGCUACUUUAUUUAGAGGUACCAAUGUGGCUACUAAGCUUCUUUCUAUCUUUGCGCGCGAAUCAUGUAUUGACUAUGUUCGGUUUACUUUACAACCUGCCAUGGAACUAAUCAAUUCUUUACCUGAAGAAAGUGUGUCUUGGGAAAUGGAUCCUCAGAAAAUCAGCCCUCAUGAAAGUAUCUCCAUCAAUAGACAAAAUGUGUGCCGUGCCACUGAAAUCUUUUUGGAUACCAUUUGUAAUUCAACGUCCAGUGCACCCAAGUAUUUUCGCCAAGAACUUGCCUUAAUUUCUGAAGCUGUGUCGAAACGAUUUCCUGAUGCUUCCAAGACAGCUGUAGGUGGAUUUGUGUUUUUACGAUUGUUUAAUCCUGCUAUCCUGACACCUGAAACAUGUGGAUUUUCCAAGUCUUCUCUGCCUCGAUCUAAAGCUGUUCGUAAACUCUUAUUGCAAGCGACUCGUAUGAUGCAAAACUUGGCUAACAAUAUGAUGUUUGGUGCUAAAGAAACCCAUUUGAUUUCCCUAAAUGAUUUUAUCACAAGCAAUUUGUAUCGUGUCGCUAGUUUUCUGCGUGAAAUCUCAAUGGUACCUGGUCCUUGUCCAGAAAAAGAAGAAUCCAGAGGUGUUCAUAUGGAUGAUAUUGCUUUUAUGAACUUGCAUCGUUAUAUGUCUGAAAAUCUCGACAAGAUUGCUAGAGAAUUGUCUGUGCGUCGUGCUAAAAGCAAUACAGAUACUCAAAAACUGUUGGAAUGGAAGAGAACCAUGGAUAAACUUUCCAAUCUUUUGGCUCAACUGGGCCCACCAAACGAGAUUGCAAAGACAGAACUUAGUACAUCCCGCAAUUAUGCUUUGGUCAACAGCAAUAAUUUCUAUAGUGAAUUUAUGAGACGCAACAAACAUCGUGAUCUCUCUAAUAUUAACUCACUCAAUGUCUUUUACCAAGGUGGCGUUUCCAAGGAUGGCCGUCCGGUGUUUUAUUAUAUCUGCCGCAAUGUUGUAGGUGAUGACUUUGACUUUGAAUUGCUGGUAUACUACAUGCUACGUGUGAUGGAGCCCCAUUUAAACCAGCCAUUUGAACUCUUAUUUGAUUUAUCAAGAUUCACAGAGAGUUGUGAGCUUCCUAUCCAUUGGCUAAACCAGUUCUUUCAGCUUAUCUUUAGUGAAAUGAACGAUUAUUUAGUGGCAAUGCACAUGUUUAAUCCCAACUUUCAUAUGCAGCGCUAUAUUCGGAAACUGCCUCGUAUCUUGACAAACAAGCUGGUAAAGCGCACUCGAUUUGCAACCACCGUCAAUGAACUUGCACAGUACAUUUCCUUGCCAGAGAUUCGUUUACCUAAAGAUACAUUUGAUGUUGAAAAGGAAAGUGGAAUGUCUAUCACCAGUGCUUAUCUCGUAAGCGCUUUUAAGGUCAUGAUCCCUGUUCAGAUUCGAAUUGGUCCUUCUUACUUUGUGGUGAAAACGGUUAAAGAACAAGAGAUAUUUUGGAGCCUAAAUACUGUUUUGAACAAUGUAUAUGGUAUGACUGAUAUUGCCAAUAUCUUUUUACCGCCUGUUCCACCCAACAAAAAAGCAAGUAAUGAAGGAGAAAUCCAUAUUAUUACAGAUUCAGGAAGGGCCACACUUGUACUUGUAGUUCCUAAUCGAGAAGAAGUCUACAAAUAUCUCUUGAACCGUAAAAAGAACUUCGAUACUCAAUUGACUGAAACAAACCAUGGUAUUCGUCCUACAGAUGUCCCAGGUAGAAUCUUGAAUAUGGCAUUGUUAAAUAUGGGAAGUGAGAAUCCUGCACUGCGCUCUGCUGCCUACAAUCUAUUGUGUUCUCUUUGUAUCUUCUUCAGAUUUAGCAUUGAUCACAAACUGAUGAAUGCUCGAGAUUUAUGUAUUCCUUAUAACAGUACAGACUUUAUUGUGGGCGUGAGUGAAAACUUGGCCAACACAGAAACCCAUUUGACACUUGAAUUUUUGAACGAAGCCUUAUUAGGUUUUAAUCGGUCUAGUAAAGAAUUAGUACCUCAAAUCUUGACAUUGGAUUAUAUUCAGCCUUGGCUCAAGAAUCUUUCUAUGUUUUUGCAUGCUCCUUGUGCAAAAGAUGCUACUAAAGUGAGGGAUGUCAUUCGUUCCAUCAUUGUUAUUACUGCUGAAAGGACAAAGGUCACUGCGCAUAUUCGUGAAAAGAUUUGGUAUACAUUGAAGUACAUUGAUGAACUUCAUAACCUGAUCCUUGAAGAAUCCGUACAGUACUCAAUUGAGAAUGGUAUUGGUUCACCACAAGCAGAAGCCAUGGCCAAUACAUUAGUGACAUUGAAUACACCUAGUAUGCGAGGCAAAAUUACCCGAAGUGCCCGUAAGGCACUGACUGCUACAUGUCAAAACUGUCGUCCUAGUCUUCCUAAACAUUCCUCUUGGCCUGAAAUCAGUUGUUGGAUUCGUAUUAUGCUCAUGAUCUCUUUCCAUUCCACCAACAAACAAAAGCCUUUAGUCACUGAAAUCUUUCAUUUCGUAGCCAUGACAGUCUCUACAGGUCCUACGUUUAUUCGCUCUUCUGUCCAUGAAUUGGUCGUCAAUUUGAUUCAUACCUUAGUGACCAAUCUGAGUGUAAGUCCUGAAAACCGCAAGAAGCUCAAAUAUAUCCUGGACGAUGUAUGCGAUGGCAAAUAUCGUGUUCAUUUUGGACUCAACAAGUCGUAUGCCAAUGCAUUCACUAUCACAGAAAGUACCAUGACUGACGAUAUGGAAUUCAUGGAUUUGUCUUCAUUAGAAGUCAUUAUUCGACUCUUGUUAGAUACUAUUCAGUAUGCUUCUCCUGAUACACAUACUGCUAAUUCAUGGCGAGCUCGAUGGAUGAGUUUAGUGACAAGCAUGACAUUCCAGUUCAAUCCUGCCCUUCAACCACGCUCCUUUGUUAUCCUGGGCUGCCUUGCUCAAGACGAAAUUGAUGAUGACUUGCUGUUUCAAAUCUUGGUUGUGUUGCGCAACGAACUUGCACGGUUUGAUAAAAACAGCCCUCAUCUUGUGAUUAGUAUCUUGAUGUGCUUAACCAACAUCAUUGACAAUCUGUCUAUCAAAUCACGUUAUUUGAAGCCCAUGUUUUGGCUUGCGAUGGGCAUGACACAAAUGAACAUCCCUAGCAUCUUUUCCCAUGCUAUCAAACUAUUACACGCCACAUUGCGUACACUCGAUACGCACAAAUGCUUUGAAAACCAAUCAGUGGAACAAGUCAUGCUCCAGGUCCGUGCCAAAUAUGUCCACAUUGCCCAUCGCGUCGAUAGUACGAUUGGCAUCAGUUUUGAUUCCAAUUUUACAUUUGCUGUAGCAGGCAUGUUGCUUAGAGGAUUUCAGUAUGCCGAUGCACGCGAUAGUAUCUUUUCAUGUCUAAGUGCGUUUCUGGAGAUUGAGACCAAGUGUGUCUCAACAGGUACCAACCAGGUAGAUGCUCGAUGCCUAGGGUAUUUUGGCGGUCUAUUACCCUUUGCAGCCAAGAAUGAUGCUUUAAGGGAAUUGCUAAGAUUAGCUGGUGUGCAUGAUAUUGAUCUGGAGAACAUGCAUGGCCCUAUGGAUGCUAACAUGUUGAUCUGGCAAUCGAUUGAUAUUCCUAAUGAGACCAUCAGUAUCUUGCUUGUUUCUUUCUUGGUAGGCAUGCUCAAUUUACUUGAUAAUGAAGCAGAACGAUUAUUUUUAUAUGGGUUUCUUUCAAAAGCUGCUGUUGCUAUACCUGAAAUCUUUGCUUUAGUAUAUGAUUCACUCACACCCAAGAUGAACUCAAUCGUUGUUUCGAGUGAUAAUGUCACUCUAUUAGACGCAGUCAAGGACAUUUUAAUCACCGCUUUCUCUGAAAAGGGCUUUUAUACAGCUGAGCGUGCAAAUCAACAGCAAAUGUACCUUGAACAAAUUGGAUUUAGUGCAUUUGAAGGCUCUGUCUUUGGUUCUCUAAAAGAAAACUCUAUUGUAAGCCCACAAAUGGUCAGUGAUCUAUUGCAUAUGAUUUGCGAAUAAUAGAAAAAAAAAUUACCUCUCUAUGCUAUAAUACUCCACACUCAUUUCUAUGUA